GGUGCUGUUUCAAUCAGGAUGUGACGUUCCACUUCACUGUCAACAUGCAAGAUGGCGACCCAUCACAGGCAAAACGCAGCUGGACGGAGGAAAGUUCAGGUGUCGUAUGUCAUUCGAGAUGAGGUCGAGAAAUACAAUCGCAAUGGGAUAAAUGCGCUGCAGCUCGACCCCACCCUGAAUCGACUUUUCACGGCAGGAAGGGACUCUAUCAUUAGAAUAUGGAGUGUCAAUCAGCACAAGCAGGACCCCUAUAUAGCUUCAAUGGAGCACCACACGGAUUGGGUCAACGAUAUCGUCCUCUGCUGUAAUGGGAAGACAUUGAUAUCAGCCUCCUCAGACACCACAGUGAAAGUGUGGAACGCACACAAAGGCUUCUGCAUGUCAACGUUACGGACCCACAAGGACUAUGUCAAAGCCUUAGCGUAUGCCAAGGAUAGGGAGCUGGUGGCCUCAGCUGGUCUGGACCGACAGAUCUUUCUUUGGGACGUCAACACCCUCACUGCCCUCACUGCCUCCAACAACACAGUCACAACCUCCUCACUAAGUGGAAACAAAGACUCCAUCUACAGUCUUGCCAUGAACCAGAUGGGAACAGUCAUUGUGUCUGGCUCUACAGAAAAGGUGUUAAGGGUGUGGGAUCCACGCACCUGUGCGAAACUCAUGAAGCUGAAAGGCCACACAGACAACGUAAAGACAUUACUGUUGAACAGAGAUGGCACUCAGUGUCUGUCUGGCAGUUCAGACGGCACCAUCCGACUGUGGUCUCUAGGCCAGCAGAGGUGCAUUGCCACGUACAGGGUUCAUGACGAGGGCGUAUGGGCCCUACAGGCCAACGAGGCCUUCACACACGUCUACUCUGGGGGCCGCGACCGCAAGAUCUAUUGCACAGACCUGCGCAACCCCGACAUCAGGGUGCUCAUCUGUGAGGAGAAGGCUUCUGUGCUAAAGAUGGAGCUGGACAGGUCAGCUGACCCUCCUCCUGCCCUUUGGGUCUGCACUACCAAGUCAUCAGUGAACAAAUGGUCGCUGAAGGGAAUGCAAAACUUCCGAGUAUCUGGUGACUAUGAUAACGACUGCAGUGCCCCCCUGACCCCACUGUGUACGCAGUCUGAGCAGGUCAUCAAAGGUGGUGCCAGCAUUGUUCAGUGUCACAUACUGAACGACAAGAGACACAUCCUCACCAAAGACACCAAUAACAACGUGGCAUACUGGGAUGUCCUCAAGGCUUGUAAAUUUGAAGACCUUGGUAAAUUGGAAUUUGAUGAAGAGGUUAAAAAACGGUUCAAGAUGGUUUAUGUUCCAAACUGGUUCUCAGUGGAUCUCAAAACUGGGAUGCUGACCAUAACACUGGAUGAAAGCGACUGCUUUGCUGCCUGGGUCUCUGCCAAGGAUGCAGGUUUCUCAAGUCCCGAUGGUUCUGACCCAAAGUUGAACCUGGGCGGGCUGCUGCUGCAGGCCCUGCUGGAGUUCUGGCCCAGGACCCACAUCAGCUCAAUGGACGAGGAGGAGAACGACGCGCAACACGUGAAUGGGGAACCAGAGACCCGGAUACAGAAGGGCAAUGGCUACUUCCAGGUUCCUCCGCACACGCCGGUCAUCUUCGGGGAGGCGGGGGGUAGGACUCUCUUCAGGUUGUUGUGUCGAGACUCAGGGGGAGAGACUGAGUCUAUGCUGCUGAAUGAGACCGUUCCUCAGUGGGUGAUCGACAUCACUGUCGAUAAAAACAUGCCGAAAUUCAACAAAAUCCCUUUCUACCUCCAGCCACACUUGUCCUCAGGUGCAAAAACACUGAAGAAGGACCGUCUGUCGGCCAGUGACAUGCUGCAGGUGAGGAAGGUGACGGAACAUGUCUAUGAGAAGAUCAUCAACCUGGACACAGAGUCCCAGACCACCAGCUCCUCAGCCAAUGAUAAGCCGGGAGAACAGGAGAAGGAGGAGGAUGUAGCCAUGUUGGCGGAGGAGAAGAUCGAGCUCAUGUGCCAGGACCAGGUGUUGGAUCCCAACAUGGACCUGCGGACAGUGAAGCAUUUUAUCUGGAAGAGUGGUGGAGACCUGACACUCCACUACAGGCAGAAGUCCACGUGAGGGGCCUAGGGCCGCAAGACCUCAAGAGAGACUGAAGGGAUCUGCACAGGCCCUCACCCCUGAACACACACACACACACACACACACACACACACACACACACACACACACACACAAACCACUUGAGGGCCCCAGGGCCUGGCCUGCCCCGCCCCUGACGCACACACGCACACACACAUAUACACAUAUACACACGUACACACACACACACAAAAGCCUCCUGCUGUUCACAACAGUACUCCCUGCCUCCAGCCUCACACUGAUUAGGCCAACAUGGACACUUCCAAGAGAACUUCCCAGUGUUGGAGAAACUUCUGGAAGUGCACACUCACUGUGGGAGAACUGAGCCAUUACCAUGUACAGCAGAGAGAAUUCUCAGACUGAAAACAAGUAUCUUUUGACGAUUCUCGAUUUUUAAUUUAAUUUUCCUUUCUUUUUUUUUAAACCUGCGUUUUUUGCCCUGUAUUGUAAUUAUUUUCUGUUUGGGUGCCAGUGUUGGUUUGUGCAGGACCUUCUCUCACUCUGUGAUGUGGAUGGCUGUGUGCACACAGGUGUCAAUGUUUCAACCACAUUCCAGGUACCCACUGUUUUCUGACAUCAUCAGGCCACCAAACAGUGCUCCUGCAUUUGAGACCACCGUGUGUUUUGGCUGUCAUUCUUAUGCGUGGCAGACGCUCAGCAUUUUUGUCCGUUAACAAUGGGCAUAGAAGUAAUUUAAACUUGAAGUUUAUUAUCUUUCUGAUAUUCUUUUUUCUUUUAGUUUCUUUUUUUGUAUAUGAUUGUGUACAGUAGACUUUUCCUUUUUUUUCCGCCCCCUUGAACAUGUUUUAAGUUAUUCUUUCGUUUUCUGGAAUUUGUUACUUUUGUACAAACCUAUUCCUCUCCUGGAACAUUUUGAAGACUGGUAUAAAUAAUGAAGACGAAACCUACAAAAGACUUGUGGUGGUUGCUGGCAGAACUGCUCUCAGACAAGUGCAGCGUCAGUGACCAUGCGCACACAUUAAGUACUAAGCAUUAGCACGCUCAAACACUCCAGAAGGAUGACUGAAAUGUUCUGGAGCAGUUAAUCACUAAUCUAACUAAAUGAUUGAGUGCAUCAAUCAAUCAAUCAAUGACAAUAUUCAAUUAAAUUCAGUUCAAUUUUAUUUAUAUAGCGCCAAAACAAUAAAAUUGUCUCAAGGCGCUUUAUAGAGCCCAGGACCUGAACCCUAUUGUUGUAUAUUUGUAUAUUAAAGUCAGUGUAAGUCAAAGAUAAGGUCUUAAAGGACAAAGUUGAGCCAGUUCCUGGGAAAGAAGUAUGUAACAAGAGCAUUACAUUUGUAAUUAAUAAAGGAGUCUUUUAAAUGAA